AUGGCUGCUCUAUCACAGAAAUACUUCCUUAAUCCACAGUCAACAUGUGUUAUUGUUGAGAACUUCAAUUCCCCGUAUAAUCCAAACAAAUCGCACUCAAUCCGACUUCCUACAUUGCAGCUAAUCAAAUCAGCCGUCCGUCCGGCAUGUCGGGCCCUAUCCUCCAAAGCUGCUCCGGCCGUCGAAGCUUCUGCCGCCGGGCCCAGCUUCGCCAUGUCCGAUGAGCAGAAGGAAAUCGUCGACAUGACCAAGAAGUUUGUCCGGGAGGAAAUUAUUCCGGUGGCAGGCCAGUACGACAAAACUGGCGAGUACCCGUGGCCCAUUAUCCGGAAGGCCUGGGAGCUGGGCCUGAUGAACAACCACAUCCCGGCUGAUAUUGGUGGUACCGAUAUGUCCAUCAUGACUAGUUGCAUGAUUGCGGAAGAGCUUGCCUACGGAUGUACCGGUAUUAUGACGGCCCUCGAAGCCAGUGGACUGGGACAAACCCCCGUCAUCCUGGCCGGUAACCCCGAACAGAAGAAAAAGUACCUGGGUCGUCUGCUAGAGGAACCGCUAGUGGCAGCCUAUUGCGUCACAGAGCCCGGUGCAGGAUCCGAUGUCAACGGUGUUAAAACCCGUGCCGAAAAGAAGGGCGACGAGUACAUCCUGAACGGUCAGAAGAUGUGGAUCACCAACGGAGGGGUUGCCAACUGGUACUUCGUGCUGGCCCGCACCAACCCGGACCCGAAAUGCCCAGCGUCGAAGGCAUUCACCGGCUUCAUCGUGGAGCGGGACACCCCCGGAUUGACCCCGGGUCGCAAAGAGCAGAACAUGGGUCAGCGGGCGUCCGACACCCGUGGCAUCACAUUCGAGGAUGUCCGGGUGCCGAAGGAGAACGUCCUGAUCGGUGAGGGAUCCGGUUUCAAAAUCGCCAUGGGUACCUUCGACAAGACCCGUCCACCGGUUGCUGCUGGUGCCGUCGGUUUGGCACAGCGCGCUCUGGAUGAAGCCCUGAAAUACUCCCUGGAACGUAAGACCUUCGGAGUUCCAAUCGCCGCCCACCAGGCCGUGUCCUUCAUGUUGGCCGAUAUGGCCAUCGGAGUGGAAACGGCACGACUGAUCACGAUGAAGUCCGCCUGGGAGGUGGAUCAGGGCCGAAGAAACAGCUAUUAUGCCUCGAUUGCCAAGUGUUACGCUGCGGACAUGGCCAACAAGGUAGCAUCGGAUGCGGUGCAGAUCUUCGGAGGAAAUGGAUUCAAUACCGAGUAUCCAGUGGAGAAGCUGAUGCGUGACGCCAAGAUCUACCAGAUUUACGAGGGAACCUCGCAGAUUCAGCGAAUGAUUAUCUCGAGGAAUAUGGUUGAGAUGGCCAAGGGCAAGGCCUAAGUUUUGAGUGUGUGGGUGUUUUUUUUUAUUUACAUUUAGUGUAUGUCAAUGUAUGAUAAACAAUCAAUAUUUAAUGCAAAAGAAGGAAACCGUUGUGAGUGAAGAUCGCUUUAUUAUUUGUUUGCAAUAAACUGUUUACCAUUUAGUUAUAACCAUA